CAAAAACGAAAACAAAAUUGAACGUAUAUUUCUUUGACUAUUCCAGUCGUCCAAAAUGCCUAGAUGCUGCAAUUGUGGCUCUGAAGACGUUAUUGACGACUUCGAAAAUGGUCGAUCGAUUAAUGUUUGUACAGAAUGUGGAACAAUAGUGGAUGACCGUCAGGAUUUCACAUCUUCUGGAGAAUUCACGGGAACAUCCAUUUCAGACGGUACAGGACACGGGCCUAGAACUCGACCCAAAUGGAUGAGAUCUGAUGAUACAGGUCCAUCAAAAGGUCUGCUUAAAGGAAAGGAUUUGAUUGAUCAAGUUGGUCGGAAGCUCAAUCUUGAAGAAUUUAUUAGAGAAGAUGGAAAGAAUUUGUUUGAAGCUGUUUAUGAAAAGUGUGUAAAACGUACUUGGGAAGAUUCUAGAACAGGAAUGAGUUUAGCUUGCCUGUAUGUACAGAUACGGAAACAAGAGAGAUGUAUUUCAAUGUCUCAGAUUUGCUCCAAAGCUGAUGGGACUUCUACCUUGAAACAUUGCGGUAGAGCUUUUAAGUUGUUGAAGACAGCAUUUGAUAUCCAGUUACCUCCUGUUCCGAUAAUUCAUCAGGUUGAUGGCUACCUCCAGUCUUUAGGGUUUGGGAAAGAUGUUAUAAAGCUUGCUCUUGAAUUGGUUGAGAUUUUGAAGACUGCCACUGUAGCGCAGAGCCGUAGUGUUCAUCAUGUUGCUGAAGUGGCAGCUUAUUAUGCUUGGAAGAAUAUUAAUAAAGAAAAAAGUAGAAAAGUCUUCUUUAGAGAAUUCUGCAGCAACUUUAAGAUUAGUUACAAUACAGCAACAGGAUCAUUAUAUUCUGAAGUUCGUGAAACCCUGUCAUCCCUAGCUGCAGAGCUUCCAUGGAUUAAAAUGUCAAAGAAAAAGACAACGAAGAAUGAUAUAGACACACACAUUGGAGAUAUUCUCAAGUACAAAACAUUUUUGCUCCAGCAAGCAAAGCAAAGCCUUGUGAAUAAAAUGAAGGACAAACUGAGUGAAGUCGAAAGGAAUGGUAAACCAGAUGAUCCAGUGCAGCAAUGCUUAAAAGAAGAGGAAAGAGAAAGGUUAGUCAACACAUCAAAUGAGCCUGGUGCAAUAUUUAGGGCUGUACCAAAGACCAAAAAAAAGUAUGUGCUAGACCAUCAGAAAAUGCAGUCCUAUCAUAAGCAUGACGUCAAUAUCGAAACUGAAACAGAUUCUACUGUUGUGAGAAGUGAAUCUAAUUGUGGAGAAUGUGACAAAAUGUCUAGCUGUAAUAUUUCUCGGAAAAGGUCAAAAUAUUUAGAUAUGGAGGAUGAGGAUGGCAACUUGUUUUUAGGGAGCGAUGAUGAUACUGAUGAUUAUAUAUUAUCAGAGAAUGAUGUAAAGAGGAGAAAGAUGAUGUAUGCUAAAUUUGACAAGUUAUAAAUUAUGAACAAACAUAAAGCUAAAUCAGAUUGAAUUUGAAUACAAUCCAUCAUUUUGAAUUCCAAAAACUUCUACAGUUUAACUUCAUUUGGUACCAGUAACCACCUAGCAUUAACCUCAUACAUGUACUAACGGUUGUCUUCUGUAAAAAAAAAACUUAUGAAGAUCUUCUUUUCAAGAGAAGUCUGUAGGGUUUGAAAUUGCAACACUGUAUCUUUAUUUGACUUAUACAAUUAUGGUUAAUUUAUAUUUCGCUAAAUAUUAAAAUUGCACAGAUUGGUUUGUUAAUUUUGCAAAUAAUUUUUAAGCAAUCAACAAUAUUCAAGUGAAAUUUCUGAAACUAAUUCAUGUUGUAAUAUAUAAAAACAUACAUCAGUGUUUACAUAAGUAAGUUUGCUCUUCAUUUACAAAUCAAUGUGUUGCGAUAUUUGUGUGGUAUUAACUGCUUAUAAAUGUCAAAUUUGUGCCAAACCUCAACAUGUUUGUGGAUUUUUUUAUUGAACAUUGCAAGGUUGACUGUUUAUCAUUUCCACUCGAUGUUUGCCUUUGUUGAUUUAAUUGAUUAAAUUGUACUGGUACA